AUGGAAGACUACCAGUCUCCUUCACAGGUGUCAUUGAACACCAAGAGACUUUCGGCGAUGAUCGAUUCGCUACAUCAAGAUCAAGACGAUAAAGAUCUUUUGAACAACACACGGGAGUCUUCACCAGUUACCACUCCCAAGAGGAUUCAACAUCCACAUUCUAAAAUGACAUCAAACCAAGGUUCACCUACCAAACUACCUCGAUCGCCUGGUGGUUUUAAUGUAGCUUUAAAUACUCCAGACAAAGACUAUAGGGCAAGUAUGCUUUCCAACUAUUCUGGUGUUGUACAAGAAGGUGUUGGUGUUUCUUACGUGAUGAAGAAUCCUCAAAGCGUCAUAAAGGAGGAAUCAAAACCUCGAUUGCCUACGUUUCCCUCGGCAGAGACUAUCCAGGCAAGUAGCAGGAAACCUACUGGUGCCAGUGAGGAUGUUGUGCUUAAAAAAGUCGAAAAUGUAACGACAGGACGUGGUAUUUCUAAUGCGUCUGCUGGUGGUUCUAGAUCAAGUUCUGAAGCUCCCAGACAUGGCUCUUUGAAAUUAUUGUCUAUCAAUGGUAACAAGAGAUCAGUACAACCGAAAUCGUCCAUUGGAUCUGGUAAUAUGGCAAGUGAAAGUGAAACUUCAAAUCAAAAUACUGAUCUUUCAAAUACUCCUAAAAACCAACAGAACGAUGAACAAUUCCCCCGAAUCUCUACUCCAAGAGUCGACAGUGAUACUGAAUCUAUAGCUACAAGUAUUAUACCAGAAGUUACCACAACAACUAAUGGUCAUGAUAAGGGAAUUCCACCAGAAAGAUCUGAAACUACAGAUUACAACCCAGCUAUACCACCAAGAAAUAGAAACAGACCAUUGUCCAAGUACCUUCUACAGGAAGAUGAUGAUGUUGUAGAAUUGGAUGAUGAAGAACAUAACAGUCGGAGUUUAAAAAUACCUGAUUCGCGCACAAGAGGAUCCUCAGUGACAAAUGUAUCGGAAACUUAUUACUCCGUUGCAGGUUCUGACGCUAAAGGUGAUAGAGUCGAUAUAGAUUUAACAAACGAAGACGAUGGAGCCGAAGAGGUGGACACCUAUUUAUCAAGGCCAUUACCUACAGUUCCACAAUCAGCUGAGGUCCACAGAGAUUCUACAGUUAAACGUGAACAAGGUAGAGAACCUGAGGUGGUUACAACGUUAACAUCUACAAGUUUGAAAAAUCAAGGAGGUGAAGAUUCAGACGAUCAGUACGAAUACAUUGAUGAAUCAGGUAGAGUGUUAGAAAAUCCAACACCACAAAUAACUCCGUCAAGUCAUAAAACUGGAAGUACUAAGAAUAAAAGAAAGAAACAGCAAGAAUUAAGACAGUUUGAUGUAGAUACUUUAUCACAACUUUUAAACGUCACUAAGGGUACUCUAAUAGGUGCAGAAUUCGCUAAUUUAGGUAUGAAAAUUGAGGAGAAAAGAGCAUUGGAAAGAUUAGUCGAUUCAUUGUCGCGACUAACAGCAGAUAUGGUCUUAGAUCCUGAUCGUUACGAAGAAGGAUUGAGAAGGCUCAAUAAAGCCACUAAAGCAUUAGAAGGAUUUUAA